AUGCAGAUUGAUUCGGAGGAGCGCCUCGAGGAGCAGCCGAUGAUGCACGGGAAUGGGCACGGGCACGGGCACGGGCACGGCCGUGUCCACCCGGCGGCGUCCUCCAGCUCCGACUUCUCCGGCGAGAUGAACCAGUCCGUGUCCGACCCCUCCUCCAGCCCGCUCUACAGCUUCCACUUCGAGAAGCCCGUCCCGCAGCAGCAGCAGCAGCCGGGCACGUACGUGGUGCAGGUGCCCAAGGACAAGGUCUUCCGCGUCCCGCCGCCCGAGAACGCGCGCCUCUUCGACCACUACACCCGCCGCGCCAAGCGCCGCCGCGGCCGCUCCUGCGCCCGCGUCUGCGCGUGCCUGCUCGCGGGGGCCGUCGCGCUCGCCGUCCUCGCCGGGGCCCUCGCCGGCAUCGCGUACCUGGUCCUCAGGCCGAAGCAGCCGGCGUACACGGUCCAGGCGCUCGCCGUGUCCGGCCUCGCCGAGCUCGGCAACGCCUCCUCCGCCGGCGUGUUCUCGCCGGGGUUCGACGCGACCGUGCGCGCCGACAACCCCAACGGCAGGAUCGGCGUGCGCUACGAGGGAGGCCGGAGCCGCGUCUCCGUGUCCUACGACGGCGUGCUCCUGGCCGACGGCGCGUGGCCGGCGUUCUACCAGGGGCCCCGGAACGUGACGGUGUUCGUGGCCAAGGCGAAGGGGUCCGGGAUACGGUUCUCGCAGCGCGUGCGGGGGCAGAUGGCCGCGGCGGAGCGGCUCCGAUUGGUGCCGUUCGACGUGGACGUCGAGGUGCCCGUGCGCCUGCAGCUCGGCAAGGUCAGGACGUGGGCAGUGCCGGUGCGGGUGUACUGCACCGUGGCGGUCGACAGGCUCGCCGCCGACGCCAAGGUGGUGUCCAGGUCGUGCGACGUCAAGGUGCACCUCCUGUCCUGGAGGAACUGA